AGUAAGUGUGUGGGUGAGAAAACGUCAGAUUCAUUGAAGAAAAUGCAAAACGUGUAAAAACGUGCUCUUAAUUCAAGUUUAAUUGGAAAGUUUUAUAAAACUAGUUCUUACAAAACGGUAUUAUUCCGAGAAAUAAUUCUCUCAAUAGUUAAGUGUUUGGUAUAAGAGACUCCACAUAACCUUCAGUUACGGAAGCACUUCCUUAUUAGUAGGAGUAAAUCGUAGUAAAAAUACGAUGUCAGGAUGUCGCUCACAGCGGAGAAACGCCGAUUGUCGUCGAUUUUGAAACCUUAUCCAAGUUCGGACGGAGCGAAAAUCAAUGGGAGUCUGUCGCAAAACAAGGUUCAUUUCGAUGACUUCAGCAUUGAAUCGGUGCUAAGAGAUGUCCUGGACCACAACCGUCUGCAACGGUACGAACGUCUCCUGGCCGAGGUCAAAGAUGAGCAGUACGAUGACAGAAAAUUCCAACAAAUGUUCGUGGAAGCCAAGAAAUGCGUACAUCUGUUGAAUGUCAACUUCGGGAUGCUGGUGGAAGCGUUACUUUCGGUGCGCUGGCUGUCCCGGGAAGAAUCCGCCCAGGAGCUGUACAAAGAUUUCGUGAUAGAAUUGCUGGUGGCGCACAAUAACUACACAUCGCUAGCGGUGGCGAAGCUGAUUCAGAAUUUUGUCCUAAAGGAUGAGGACCGCUCCGGUUGGGUUCAGGGUGUGGCCAACAGCGAGGUGAUUCAAAAGUUUGCACCAAUUCAUGAUUUGAUUUUGCGCCUCAAGAACGUGAUACCCAUGAUUUUCAGUGUGAUACUAGUGCAAUUGCGCAAACAUUUUCCGUAUUUCAAGAAACCUACACAUGUGGUUUGCGGAUACUUGCAUAACACUUUAUGGAUGACGGAGUAUUCAUCGAUGUUCAGUGAAGAGCUUAUGGACAUCGUAUUCAAUCGGUUGCUGGCCAUUGACGUCAAUGCACCGCGGAACGAGAUCGAAGAAGCCGAAUUCCCUGAGGACGAUCAGCAAAUCUUCAACAUGGAUCAAGACCCGACUGACGGUACUGGGCCAGACGAUGAUGAUUGGAAAAUGAAACUUCCGCUGGCAGAAACACUGGACUGUUGCAUGGAGCAGAUAUAUUCGUUCAUUGAACAGCGUCUUACCAGUGCGGGUGCUAGCUCGGGCGAAUCAGAUCGGUUGUUCAAAAUGUUGCUAACAUUAUUUGAUAACCAUAUCCUGCCGACUCAUAAUACACACCACGUGCAGUUCCUAAUGUUCUACUUGUGCAGUUUCAAGUCAGCUUACGUGGAAUAUUUUAUAACGCACUUGUGGGGGCAGGUCUGCAAUCCAAAUGUGUCUACUCCGAUGAGGCAGGCCGCCGUAGGAUACGUGGGAAGCAUGCUGGCUCGUGCUAAAUUUGUUCCCGUUGGGCUAUUGAAAUCCACCCUACGCGAGUUGUCUAACUGGGUGCACAAUUAUAUACAACGGACUGAUUCGAUGAACUAUAACCAGUCGCUGAAAGCUCACAUGGUAUUUUAUUCGGUGUGUCAAGCUAUAUUCUACGUCGUCGCUUUCCGAAGUAGACUACUUACCUCUUGUGCAAAGAAUCUAUCGUUCCUGCAAUCUCUGCAGCUUUCAUCGAUUGUCACUUGUCAUCUGAACCCACUGAGGGUUUGCUUACCGACUGUGGCCAAUGCUUUUGCCGGAGUGACGAGGGCACAUCAACUGGCAUACUGUCACACCAUCUUAGAGAGAAAUGCAAGGCGAAAACUUGCAACGGUCUACAAAACAGAAUCCCAGAUGCCGGACGAAUGUUUAGAAACAUUCUUCCCCUUUGAUCCAUAUUUGCUUAAAAAGUCGGGCAAACGCAUCGAUCCUAUAUUCAUGCCUUAUCAGUCCAGUGAAGCAGAAGAAAGUAACGGAGAUUCAAUUAAUUCACCCGGCUCACGUGGACGUAAACGUUACGAAUCUAUGUCCGAAGAUGUGGACGACUUCAUCCAGGAAGUUAAACGACACAAGAACGGAGUCGGAUCAGAAAACAGUGAUGUACCCUUCACCUACUCCUACGGAGUAUCUCCCGGUUUUCACAACUAACAACUUGGAAUCAAUAUAAUCAAAAGACUUUGAUUUUUCUACUGCUUUAAGGGAACUAACGUUUAUUCAUAAUACAUGUGUAUAUAUACACCAGAUUAAAUAUUUCAUACUGUUCAACUUUA